AUGUCUUCUAUAAAGAAAUUCUUGAGACUGCAAAAUCCGUUAGCCCGUGAGAUAGUAGCUGAAUAUAUUGGGACUUUCAUACUUGUUACGUUUGCUAUCGGUUCUGGUGCCCAAUAUGUUCUUAGUCGUCAAGAGUUCAGCAGUUUUCUCACUGUUAAUUUCGCCGGUGGGAUGGGAUUAACGCUAGGAAUUUACUUCUCCGGGGGCGUUUCAGGAGGGUCACUAAACCCCGCCGUGACGUUAGCUCUUUGCCUGCGUGGGAUCGUGCCUUGGUUUAAAUGGCCGUUCUAUACCAUAGCGGAACUAGCCGGGGCCUUUACAGCCGCCGCCGUCCAGUUUGGUAUAUAUUACGAUGCCAUCAACCAUUACGAUUCUGGAUAUAGACAAACCACAGGAGUGAACGCUACUGCCGGGAUAUUCGCCACGUAUCCACAGGAAUUUGUGUCUACUACCAGCACUUUCUUUGACCAGGUGUUCGGAACGUUCCUGCUGAUCAGUUGUAUACUGGCUAUAACAGAUAAACGUAACAUGCUGCCAAGUAUAGGACUUCAACCAAUUGCUCUAGGAUCCAUUGUCUUUGCCAUUGGCACAUCAUUUGGUUUUAAUUGUGGUUAUGCUAUCAAUCCUGCGCGGGAUCUCGGACCAAGGAUUUUCACAGCCAUGGCAGGGUGGGGUAAAGAACCAUUCAGCUAUCGGGACUAUAACUGGUUCUGGGUGCCAAUUGUGGGCCCGAUGGUGGGGUCGCUCUUAGGAUGGCUUGUGUAUGUCAUCACAAUAGAAAACCACUGGCCUUCAGAAGAUGAAAAUCUAAAGGAAGACGAAGUCAUAAGCGACCUUGAUAGGGCUGUUAGCGAGAAACACGUGGAUGGAUUCAUCAACCAUGGAUACCAAAAAGAAUUAAAGGAAACGCCAUACAACAUACAAUGA